UACACAUUUGCUCGUCAAUCUAAACCUAACCUAUUCUCAUAUGAGCACUUGGGGCUUCAUGUAAAUCAAACAGACAUUCUGUCAUUCACCAGCAAUAUCGCUCCAUAGUGCUCUACACCCAUGUGCCUCCGUGAAAUAUUUCACUAUGCCUGUGGAAGAAAUAUUCAAGUGACUGUGCUUUUUCAGGAAUGGUGACACCAGAAUGUUUUAAAUCUGUUCAUUACCACAACAAGGAUAAAUGGCAUUUCUGCCAAAGACUUUUACUAACGGGUGCCGUAAUGCACGUCAGCACUUUCUGAAAUUAGAGGUUCUUCCCUGAGAGACUUUAUUGUAAUUCUCUGCAGAGGAUUUAACAUGGAAUACAGAAACCUGAGGUAGCCUCUGUUUUCAUUUCAGUCGUAAUGAAAGCUUUUUAAUUUACAUCUCAAGUUUCAUUUCAAAGCAGUCGAGAACUGAAACGAAUGGGGAUUGAGCUGCUCUGCCUGUUCUUUCUAUUUCUAGGAAGGAAUGAUCGUGCACAAGGUGGCUGUGCCUUGGGAGGUGCAGAAACCUGUGGAGACUGCUUACUCAUUGGACCUCAGUGUGCCUGGUGUUCCCAGGAGAUUUGUCUUCUUUUUCUCUACUUUUUUCUUUUUCAGAAUUUUACCCAUCCAUCUGGAGUUGGUGAAAGAUGUGAUACCCCAGCAAAUCUUUUAGCCAAAGGAUGUCAAUUAACCUUCAUCGAAAACCCUGUCUCCCAAAUAGAAAUCCUUAAAAAUAAGCCUCUCAGUGUAGGCAGACAGAAAAAUAGUUCUGACAUUGUUCAGAUUGCACCUCAAAACUUGAUUCUUAAAUUGAGACCAGGUGGUGAACAGACACUGCAAGUGCAUGUCCGCCAGACCGAGGAUUACCCUGUGGACCUGUAUUACCUCAUGGAUCUCUCCGCCUCCAUGGACGAUGACCUCAACACAAUCAAAGAGCUGGGCUCCCUGCUUUCCAAGGAGAUGUCUAAAUUAACCAGCAACUUUAGAUUGGGCUUCGGCUCUUUUGUGGAAAAACCCGUCUCCCCUUUUAUGAAAACAACGCCAGAGGAAAUUGCCAACCCUUGCAGUAGUAUACCCUACUUCUGCCUACCUACAUUUGGAUUCAAGCACAUUUUGCCACUGACAAAUGACGCUGAAAGAUUCAAUGAAAUUGUGAAGAAUCAGAAAAUUUCUGCUAAUAUCGACACACCCGAAGGUGGAUUUGAUGCAAUUAUGCAAGCAGCUGUGUGUAAGGAAAAGAUCGGCUGGCGGAAUGACUCCCUCCAUCUUCUGGUCUUUGUGAGUGAUGCCGAUUCACACUUUGGAAUGGACAGCAAACUGGCAGGCAUCGUCAUUCCCAACGACGGGCUCUGUCACCUGGACAACAAGAAUGAAUACUCCAUGUCAACUGUCUUGGAAUAUCCAACAAUUGGACAACUCAUUGAUAAACUGGUGCAAAACAACAUGCUAUUGAUCUUUGCUGUAACCCAAGAACAAGUUCAUUUAUAUGAGAAUUACGCAAAACUUAUUCCUGGAGCCACAGUGGGACUGCUUCAGAAGGACUCUGGAAACAUUCUCCAGCUCAUUAUCUCAGCUUAUGAAGAACUGCGGUCUGAGGUGGAACUGGAGGUAUUAGGAGACACUGAAGGACUCAACCUGUCCUUCACAGCUAUCUGUAACAAUGGCACCCUCUUCCCACACCAAAAGAAAUGCUUGCACAUGAAGGUGGGAGACAUAGCUUCAUUCAAUGUGACUGUGAGCAUACCCAACUGUGAGAGAAGCAGGCACAUUAUCAUAAAGCCCGUGGGGCUGGGGGACACCCUGGAAAUACUCAUCAGUCCGGAGUGCCACUGUGACUGUCAGAAAGAAGUGGAAGUGAACAGCUCCAAAUGCCACAAUGGAAACGGCUCCUUCCAGUGUGGGGUGUGUGCCUGCAACCCUGGCCACAUGGGCCCUCACUGCGAGUGUGGCGAGGACAUCCUGAGCACAGAUUCCUGCAAGGAGGCCCCCGAUCACCCCUCAUGCAGUGGAAGGGGCGACUGCUACUGUGGGCAGUGCAUCUGCCACUUGUCUCCCUAUGGAAACAUUUAUGGACCUUACUGCCAGUGUGACAAUUUCUCCUGCGUGAGACACAAAGGGCUGCUCUGUGGAGAUAACGGAGACUGCGACUGUGGAGAGUGCGUGUGCAGGACCGGAUGGACUGGCGAAUACUGUAACUGCACAACCAGCACAGACUCGUGUGUCUCUGAAGACGGAGUGCUGUGCAGCGGGCGCGGGGACUGCGUUUGCGGCAAGUGUGUUUGCACAAACCCCGGAGCCUCGGGUCCCACCUGUGAACGAUGUCCUACCUGCGGUGACCCCUGUAACUCAAAGCGGAGCUGCAUCGAGUGCCACCUGUCUGCAGAUUCCAAGGCCCAAGAAGAUUGUGUGGACAAAUGCAAACUAGCGGGCACAACUAUCAGUGAGGAGGAAGAUUUCUCAAAGGAUAGUUCUGUUUCCUGCUCUCUGCAAGGAGAAAAUGAAUGUCUUAUUACAUUCCUAAUAACUACAGAUAAUGAGGGGAAAACCAUCAUUCACAGCAUCAACGAAAAAGACUGUCCAAAACCUCCGAACAUUCCUAUGAUCAUGUUGGGGGUUUCACUGGCUAUUCUUCUCAUCGGAGUUGUCCUCCUGUGCAUUUGGAAGCUGCUGGUGUCAUUUCAUGAUCGCAAAGAAGUUGCCAAAUUUGAAGCAGAACGAUCAAAGGCCAAGUGGCAAACGGGAACAAAUCCACUGUACAGAGGCUCCACUAGUACUUUUAAAAAUGUAACCUAUAAACACAGGGAAAAACAAAAAGUGGAUCUCACCACAGAAGGCUAGAACCACUUGACGCGUGGGAAAAGUUGGCUUCACUGAUGUGAAAUGUUAAUGCACUAUUUUAUUUUCCUUUCUCUGUUGCUUCAAGAAGAGGUUGGCCUAAGAUAAUAAUAGGUCAUUUGGAGAUGAGUCAUUCUCUGUAUGAAGGUGAGACACUAUGUUGACAGGUUCAAAGUAAUCAAGAAGAGGAAUUUCCUUAGCAUAGAGGUGACUUUGGGGAUCAUUUGAGGAAUACUAACUCUGUUGCAUUAAUGCUUCAAAUAAUCAUCAAAAUGAUUCAUGGGGGCCUGAUUUGCAUUUGAAAAAUGUUGAAAAUUAGAAUCGCUUUUGUUUCAGGAGUACAGCUACCUAAAGUCUUUGUCCCAGCAAAGUUACAAAGUCCAUAUGCUUGUAUUGUGUACCCACACUUGCAGUUAUUCUAAACUUGCAGUAAAUCCAUCUUAAAGAAAGAUUUAUUUUAAACCAGGAGAAUUGAGAUUCCGAAUUCACUCCAGUUGAAAGGAUGCAUUUCUUCCACAGAUAUCCCAAAUUGUAAGAUUGAUCAUUUCUGUGAAUUUGUAUGCACCUGUAAGUCAGGUACACAAACACACACUUUGCUUUACAAAUGAGAAGGAAGUAAUUUAUAAAUUAAGUCACUAGUAAAACCAAAAAUAAUAACCCUACCAUUUAGCUUAUUUUUAAAUUACCUGGAAAAUAAUCUAUGCUCAGUUUCCUUCUUGUCCUUGAGUUUUCAAACUGUUACUUCUCCCUUAUUUCUCAAUCAUCUUACUCAGUGUCAGAGUCUUCUAAACCUGUAAUUGUCACAUGAGAGUUUUUAUUUCUUUUUGAAAAAUUACCUUAAAUGGUUGGCUUAUUCAAAGAGAGUUCCAGAAAUAUAAAAGGAACAUGGGGUAAACAGAACAAAUGUUUAAAUGGCUGUAAAUCAAGCACAUCGAGAGUACACAACUCCCUCAUGAAUUGCAGAUUUUUAAAUCUACGUUCUUUUCCCAUCUGCAUAACCCAACGUGCACAUUUCAGCUCCGUGUGGUUGAUGCACACCACACAUUUAAGAAGUAAGAUUUUACUUACAAAAUACACGUGGACAAUUAGGGGUCCAUCAGUUGAUUGGCGAGAUGGCCACUGUAGGAUGUUUUUCCUUAUGGUUUCUGCUGUGUCAGAAAGCACUUUCAUCUCAUUUGAUCCUUGCAAGGAAACAAAGGCUCAGAGGAUGAGUAGAAGAACUGGGAUCAGAAUUCACAUCUUUUUACUCCAAGGCAUUUCCUCUUUCCCCUGCAUGGGACUGCCUCUUUUGUUGUUAAAAUGAUAGAAACGUUGUAUUAGUUAAGCAAUAACAUUUGUUUGAAAUGUACUAAACAAAUAGCAGUCACAGCACUGGAAUCCAGGUGAGUUGUACUUUUGUGCAAUGUUUAUUAGCUUUGAUUAAAUUGUAAUGAGAAGUCUUAUAGAGUUCCUUACAUAGUGGAGGCUUCAUGAUUGUCCAUUGAAUUGCCAGUGUAAUCUCCAAGUUUCUUCAGUCCUAGCAGAUUGAUGUGUGUACAUUUGAUCACUUGGAGACCCCCCCCCAAAUCCCGGUUUUUAAACAACUCAGGUAAAUCAUACAUUUAGGGAGGACUGGGCUCUAUGAGAAGGAUUACUAAACAAUCUCCUUGGACAUCUGAAGGACUGAUGUGCCACUCCGUUAUUGAUGGGGACGUCUAGAGCAACCUGCAGUGGCGCUGCCAGUGACACAGUGGUAGCAGUCCCUUGUACAUGAGACUGCUUGUGCUGUUUUGUACAAUUACUGAAAUGAGAUUUUUUUAGAAAAUAGAAGUUUCCUUUGUGUGUGUAUUAGGGAAGAAUCUGCUCAUUCUUUAAAUGUGGUUUUGACCCAAGGCAGGACCUUGAAAAGGCCAAAACAUUAACAGUAGUACUUCUAUUCAUUGAAGAGUUAUGUUACAUGAAGAUAAAAUGGUUGUUUUGUAAGUUGUUGUAUUUUGUGUUGACAUAAAUAAACGUGGUAAUUUAAACAAA